AUGGUGAAGGAGAUUGAAGAUCUCUCGCAACAGACACAGAGAGACCUGGAGCUGCUCGGCCCUUCGCGCCAGACUACAGUCGAUCAGAGGCGAUACUUGACUCAAAUCGGAACCUUAUACGAACGACAUGUGGCUAACGCGCUCAGUGGCAAUUACGAUCCCACUCUGGAUGGUAAUAGUCCGCUGAAGCUUCGUAUGCACAUCCACAAUCUCAACGAGACCUUUGCGAAGGACAUGGCGCGUGACGGUCAUUUGAAGAUUUUUCAGACUGUAUCAGGGGACAUUGACACUAGUUUUCACCGGAUCACUGGUGACCAGCAAAAUAUCUACGACUGGAUCCGGAACCUAUACCGUGACUCUCGUGGCGCCGAGCUUCCUGGAACAGUCAACCCAGCUGUGCUCGAGAAUUUGUUCCGGCAGCAGUCGUCUCCAUGGGAAAGAAUCGCGCGAGAUUAUGUUGAGAAUGCUUCUUCCAAGAUCUCCGACUUCGUUCGGUUGAGUCUCGAGAGCAUCGUUGGGGACGAUGAGGUAAGGGCGAGUCUGAUGUCACGGAUCCUCCGAAGGGAGGCGACGACCUUUACACGUGCCAUGGAGAUACUGUCCACCCUCCUCAGUGACGAGCGGGGCGGAAUCCUGCAGACUGUGAAUCAUUAUUUUGCAGAUACACUCGCCGAAACACGGCAAGAACGCGUUAUGGCGAGGCUCAGUAGCCUUAACCUAGAGGGUGCACAGAUGAGCAUGACAGAUGUGUUACGUGGGAUUCACCUGAGUAACGAAGAACAAGCCAUCAAUGACAUACACGACAUUCUUAAAGCCUACUAUAAGUUAGCUUUGAAACGAUUUUGCGAUACAGUCAUUCUCCAGGUGACUGAGCGAUGCUUACUCGGCCAAGAAGCAGCCAUUCGCUUCCUUUCUCCUGAUCUCGCUGGUGGAAUGACUGACAGGGAGCUAGCAGAUAUUGCUGAAGAAAACUAUGCGACUUCAACUAUUCGAAACGAUCUGCUCUCCAAGAUCCAACUGUAUCAGACUGCCUUGGAUAUUGUGAGACAGGUUGGAGUCUAA